UAUUAGGCGGCCAAAGAGAGCCAGGGAGGGAGCCAUGGCGGAGAGGCAGCUGCUCCCGGCGCUGCGGGGCGGACGAGGGACUCGCUCUCUGCUGCUGACGGCUCGGGGGCUGAGCCACUUGCCCCGGGGGUUGGGGACUAUGAGCGGCCUGGAGGGGCUGAGCCUUCGGGGGAACAGGCUGCGCCGGCUCUCCCAGGAGAUGGAGGCUCUCAGCCAGUUGAAGGUACUAAAUUUGGGAAACAAUAAUUUGGAUGAAGUUCCAGAACAGCUGAAAAGCCUCAUAUCUCUGGAGAAGCUUCAUCUGUUUGGAAAUAAGAUCAACAGAAUACCACCCUCAGUAUUUGAUGGAUUGCAGAAUUUGGUACUCCUUAACCUGAACAAUAAUCAGCUCACUUGUCUUCCUCCAGAAAUUCAAAGGCUUAAGAAUCUCAAAUGUGUGAGUUUAGACAAUAACCAGCUAAGAAGUAUUCCCAAAGAAUUCUGUUGCCUCAGAAAGCUGCGUGAACUCCAUUUGUCCCACAAUUCCAUCAUUGCAAUCCCAGAAGAAAUUAAAUACCUGAUGAAACUGAAAAUCCUCAUUUUGUCAAGAAAUCAAAUAGAAGAACUCCCUGAUGGACUUUCCAAAAUGAAGAAGCUUAGAGUUCUGGAUGUAGCAGGAAACAACAUUAAGAUUUUUCCCACAGGCAUAGAAAGCCUUGAGCUUGAAGAACUUUACUGUGAAGAUAAUCCAUUGUUUGAGAAGAAACCAGUCAGUGCCAUACAAGAGGAGGACAUUUUGACUCUUAAGGAGCUUACAGCAAGAUUUAUUCUCACUCAGCUGGAUAACAAAAAUGUUUAUUUACAUAGAGCACUAAAGAAGAACCUAGAAGUGCAGACUAUACUUUCCCAUAAACAAAAAUGUGCUCACUGUGGCCGUGACUUUCUGGGUAUGUGGUUAGAAUGUGUGCAGUUUGUGGAUGUAAAACAGCGAAUGAAGACUAGCAGAAACUUGGAGCUCUUACCUGUCAGGACACUUCUGUGCUCAUACAACUGCUUUAACCACCGUGACCAUAGUCUCUUUGGGAUUGCUGUACCCUAGACCAAGCAGUCAACUGAAAGCCUCAAGCAGCUGCUGACUAUUACAGCAUUUUUAAGAACUUAAGCUGAACUUAGCAUUUGGUACAACAUCAAUAUUAAAUUUAAAAUACACAGUUGUGUUGGAACAGUGGUUUCAGAGAAGUGAUCUAGUGGUGGACAGGAAUUAUUCUUUACAGCUGUGCAGAGCUAGCGGUGUGUUUUGGCAAGCCUGACUCUGCUUCUGAAAAUGGAUGACUCAAGUAAUGGCAUUGUUUAACAGUGAGGUAAAGUUUUAUAAUAUAAACUGUAACUAACCUGGGUUACUGUGGUUGCUUUGGCUGCUAUAUUACAAUUCAUGCUGUACCCAAAUGUGAAAUUCUGAUAAGUGUUUUCUCUCCACCUCCUGAAAAUCUAGGGUCAGAACUUAAAAGUGCAAAAGUGUCUGGUGAUUACGUAGUCCUUGAUUUCCAUUAUAAAUCCUGUUUUCCAGAAGUUUAUAACUUGGCUUUAAUAUUUGGCAUGCAGAAUUUUAAACACAGGAGAAAAUGUGCUGGAGUGUUUUAAAAAGAAAAGGAAAAAAGUCAAGGUGGCACAUAUUAAAAAGGACUUUUUUUGCUCAUAGGAGCUUUGAUUAAAAAAAAAAACGUUUUGUGUUAUUAACAGCUUUGGAAAAGAAACAUUCCACAGAAAAGCAAGAAGCUAUAUGGGUUAUUUGUAUAAUUACUUGAUUUUUAGCUUUUGCUCCCUCCUUUUAUGUUUUCUGUGGAUUUUUUAGCAAGUAUAUUUUUAUGGCGCGUUACAUACUGCCAUAAGGGACGUCCUUAGGACAUCCCAUUUUGAAAAAGGGGCGUCUCUUCCAGAUGCCCCUUACCCUGUUACGGACAGAGUCCGUAACAAAU